AUGGAGAUGGGGCAAUAUCUUUUGAACCAACAAUGCUUGCUCUCAAUGGACUCUACUUUUUUGGUGGAACACCAAUAUGACUGUCAUGAGGGUGCAUUGAUCAUUAUGGAUGAUGAACGUGGACUGCAUCGAACUACGGAGCCACCAGAUAAGGGGUUUUAUUCAGAAGAUGAGCUUAACAGUAGGGGAGAUGAAAAAGUGUUUAAUAAUUCUCAAGAACUGGAUUCAGAUGCAGACCAAAGGCAAGAGUUCUCUGGAGUAGUGGACAUGGUUAAGGAUAACAGUCAGGCUUCUUGGAAAUUCUGGAGUAUUGUUCACCAAAUUCGCUCAAUUCUUAAUAGUUUGGAUUUUCAAAUUCAACAUUCUUAUCGUGAAGGUAAUACAAUAGCAGAUUCAUUGGCUAACCAGGGUGUUUUGGCUAGAACCUCAUCCACUUUCUCGUCUUCAGACAGCCUUCCAGUUACUACUAGACUCUUAAUGUUACAAGGCAGGAGGCAAAUUAGGAAUUUAUGA